AUGGCAGCAUCAUCUUUUAUUCAUGGCAAGCUCAGCCGCUUAAAAGUCCUCAUUGUUCUAGAUGAUGUGGAUAGUUCAAAGCAGUUAGAUGAUAUAGUUGGACCAUAUGACCACUUUGCACCUGGGAGUAUAAUCAUUGUCACAACUAAAAACAAGCAAGUGCUAAUUGAAAAAGAAGCUGAUGAUAUUUACAAGCUUGCAGGGUUAAAUCAUAAAGAAUCUUUAGAGCUGUUCAAUUUGCAUGCUUUUGGAAACAAUUCUCCUUCAAAAGAUUAUGAAAUGCUGGUAAACCAUGCGACACGCUACGCUGAUGGACAUCCAUUGGCUCUUAAAGUGUUGGGUUCUUUCCUUCACUCCAAAAGCACAGAUGAAUGGGAAAAGUGCAUUAAAUAA